CCUUUAAACCAAAGAAGAAGAAGAAGAAGUAACAUGGCGGACUUUACGGCUGUGGCUUCCGAAAGAAGUUGAACAUUUUACGAUCUUACAGAGAUAUACAUUUUCAAAGAUUCGUCUUUACAAUGUCUUCAAAACGGAAGUUGUGUUUGGAGCGAUGGAGUGUUAUCUGAAGUGAAGAUUGAAGACGUGAUAGAAGAUGGACGACUACUGCUAUGCUAAGAUGGCGACUUCCGCUUAAAGAGAACAUGAAAGAGAAUCAACUUCCAGCAAAUCACCAACGGAGAUAAAGACGAAAGAUGAAGACGAAGACGUCCAGCAGAUGAUUGGUAAUCCAGAAGAAGUUUCCCCUCAGUUAGGGGGGAGCUCCACUUUGAAGCAGGAGACUCCACAACCACCCUGCAUUAAAAAGGAAGAGGAGGAACUCUGCAUCACUCAGGAGGGAGAGUGUCUUCUAGGACGAGAGGAAGCUGAUUACACCAAGUUUCCACUGAGUAUUCUCUCUGUGAAGACUGAAGAUGAUGAAGAGAAACCACAAGUAGACAACCUCUUAGCUCCACUAUCAGAUAGUGAGGCUGAAAACGAGGCUGAAGUUACUUUGAGCGGCGAUACAGACUAUGAAGGUGAUAUGAGGACUCACACUGAUAACAAACAAUCUGAAUGCUCUAAAAAGAAGACCAGUACAACAUGUUGGAGCUGCUCAAUUUGUGCUAAAAACUUUUCAAAAAAGAGCGAUUUGACUCAACACAUGAGAACACACACGGGAGAAAAUCAAUUUAAUUGUUCAGAAUGUGGUAAAAGUUGUACUUCAAAGAUCAGUUUGGCCAAACACAUGAAAACUCACACUGCAGAGAAAAGCUUCAAAUGUUCAGUUUGUGGUAAAGGCUUUACUGGAAAGAGCCUUGUGACUCGACACAUGAAAACGCACACUGGAGAGAAAACCUUUAAAUGUUCAGUAUGCUAUAAAGGCUUUUCCCAAAAGACCCACGUGACGGAACACAUGAAAACGCACACUGGAGAAAAAACAUUUCAUUGUUCAGUCUGUGGGAAAGACUUUUCCCGAAAGAGCCUGUUGACUCGACACAUGAAGACGCACACCGGAGAAAAACCAUUCAAUUGUUCAGUUUGCGGCAAAACCUUCUCUUUGAAGUUCUGUUUGACCAACCACAUGAGAACUCACACUGGAGGAAAAACAUUUAAAUGUUCAGUUUGUGGUAAAGGCUUUCCUGGAGAGAGUCUUGUGACUCAACACAUGAAAACGCACACUGGGGAAAUAGCGUUGAAAUGUUCAGUGUGUGGGAAAGACUUUUCUCAAAAGGCCCCUAUGGAAGAGCAGAUGAAUACACACACCGGAGGGAAAACACUUGAUUGUUCAGUAUGUGGCAACAGCCUUUAUUUCAAGUUCAGUUUGGCCAAACUGCAGAAGUCACGCAGGAGAAAAAACAUUAACUGUUCAGUUUGUGGUGAAAGCUUUUCUGGAAAACAAAGUUUGACUCGACACAUGAGAACACACAGCGGAGAUAAAACCUAAUUGUUUAUUAUGUGGUAAAAGCUUUUUUUCCAGGUCAGGUUGAUUGGCAACACUAAAUUGGCCCUAGUGUGUGAAUGUUGUCUGUCUAUCUGUGUUGGCCCUGCGAUGAGAUGGCGACUUGUCCAGGGUGUACCCCGCCUUCCGCCCGAUUGUAGCUGAGAUAGGCUCCAGCGCCCCUCGCGACCCCAAAGGAAAAAAGCAGUAGAAAAUGGAUGGAUGGAUGGGUUUUAAUCAACACAUAAUUAAACACAUCGGAGAGGAAAAAAACCAUUUAGUUGUUCAGUAUAGCUACAAUCAAAGGUGCAUUUUUUGUUAUCACAUGAGGAAUCUGGUAUCAUACACACAGCAUGUGGUAUUGGACUUAUUUAAUUUGACAAUCAGUGUGUUUAAAUGUGUUACCAUAGUAUCCUUCUGAGGUAAUCUCUCACAGCAAACUGAGCAUUAAAUGUUUGUUUGUUUUUUUACUUAGAGUGAUGCUAAGAACAGCAGCUACACUACUUUGAUUGAGAAAAACAAAGAGGGUGUUUUCCUCUCCUCCUUUUUGGAUUACAGAGGUGUACAUCAAUGAUCAUGAAAUUGUGUUUGUGUUGUGACUAUGUCGUGUAGUUGUGUUCUACAUACACGCAGAGUGUAAGUUACCAAGCAAAUUGGUGUAUGUGUAAAUAAAGCUGUAGUCACUCAUCAAUCGCCAAAUGCAGUCGCUGACCAAAGCCUUGCAUCACUCAGGAGUCGAGAAGUCGGCAUUGCGCCGAAAUAUUUUUAAACAAAAGUUUGUUGUGGUGCGUCAGAGAAGCCUACAUAAACACACAAGGGGCGGGGCUGAGCCAAAGAGGACGCCCUGUGCUUCGCCCGUCAGGCGCAGAGAAGAGCAAAUGGCCGUAACAAAGGCACAUCAAAAGAUACCGGUAUGACGGUAUAGUCUCAAAUAUAUAUCGCUUUCUAAAAUAUACCGGUAUUAAAGGGGAACAUUAUCACCAGACCUAUGU